AUGAAGAAUAGCAAAACGUGGUGCCUAUGGUGUGCAGUUGAAAAUCGUCAUACACGAACAAUUGAAGAUAUGAGGAAGUUUUCAGAGAGAAAAGGAGGUCUUUGCUUUCAACUGAGUAUAUUAAUAGAUGGGAUCCUCUUAAAUGGCAGUGUAAAGAAGGCCAUAGGUGGAAGGGCUUCGGCAAAAGAUAUUCUUAAGGGAACUUGGUGUCGAAGGUGUAAUACACCAGGCAGAAAACGUGUUGUACCAAACCAAAAGAUUAUCCUAGUACAAGGACAUAUUACAUCAGAACAAGAAUGUACCCCAAUUCAAAGAUACAAUACACAGCACUGA